ACAUAUUACAGAAACAAGAAAUGGUUAACUUAUCAAAGUCAUUUACGCCUGCUGCAAUUUUCUUAGGGUUGUUUAUCUUCUUCUUCUCUGUAGGCAUCUUUCUUAAGAAAAAUAGUAAAGCCAUCUAUCAAAACUGGCUUUUCAUUGGAUCCCUUCCAACGAUUAUACGGAAUUCUAAACGCUUACUUAAAGGGGUUAAUGGAAUAUUUCUUUCACUCGACGGCAGAGGUUCUUUCUUCAUUAAUGGACCAAUCUUCUCAAAACUCAGAUACUUCGUUACUUGUCACCCCAAAAACAUUGAGUAUAUACUUAAAACCGAUUUCCACAAUUUUCCUAAAGGUCCAGAUUUCAUGCAAAUUUUUGAUCCACUAGGUGAUGGAAUCCUCACUGUUGAUUCUGAUGCUUGGAAGGUACUGAGAAGAAUGGCUCACACUGCAUUUAUAGCGAGUGAGUUUAAAGAUUUAUUGUCUAACAUGAGCCGUAAAAUUGCAGAAGAACAAUUAGUUCCAUUAUUAGCUCAUGUGGCUGAAACUGGAUCCAUCAUUGAUUUGCAAGAAGUGUGUGCCAGAUUUACUUUCGAUGUCAACAUGAACGCUGCAUUUGGAGUGCAUGAAAAUUACCUCUCAACUGAGCUUCCUUCAAAUGAUCUUGCUGAAGCUACUGAACAAGUACAAAAAGCUUUACUUUAUCGCCAUAUUCUGCCAAUGUUUUUGUGGAAGCUAAUGCGCGUGUUCAAUAUUGGUUGGGAGAAAGAGACAACCAAAGCUCUUAAAAUAAUAGAUGCACGCAUAUAUCAACUUAUUUCUCAGAAGAGGAAAGACUUGUUUCAAGGAAUAAAAAGUUUCGAUCUCUUAUCGUCUCACAUCAAAACUCAAGCACAAAUGGCCAGUACCAAUAUCUCUUCUUUGCCAACUAAAAAUGAUGACAAAUUCCUCAGGGACACCAUGUUCAGUUUGUUUCUGGCCGGGAAGGAUUCAUUAGCAUCUGGUCUCAUUUGGUUCUUCUGGUUGGUUUCCAAGACCCCUGCAGCCGAGGCGAAAAUCUUUGAAGAAUUGAAAGUGUUAUAUUCCUCCAAAAAGAGAGAACCACCGCAGGAGACCCAUGGAUGGCCAUAUGGUUUUGAUGCACGCGAUUUAGGUGAGCUAAUUUAUUUGCAUGCAGCCAUAUGUGAAUCGCUAAGAUUAUACCCACCGGUUCCUCUAAAUAGUAAAACCGUUUUAAAAGAAGUUGUCCUUCCAGAUGGUAGCUUAGUAAAACCAGGAAGGCAGAUAAUAAUCUCAAGCUAUGCAGUUGGACGAAUGUCAUGGAUUUGGGGUGAAGAUUGUCGGAAAUUUAAGCCAGAGAGAUGGAUAGAUGAUGAUGGGAGGCUAAUUCGCCACGAAAACAUGUCUAAAUUCAUUACGUUCAAUUUAGGACCAAGGACUUGUUUAGGUAAAGAUAUGGCAUUUACACAAAUCAAGGCUGUCGCCGCAGCUAUUCUCUUCAACUUUCAUGUUGAAGUACUGGGAGGCCAGGUUAUUGUCCCUAAACCGGCUAUUACGCUUCAUAUGGAGAAUGGAUUGAAAGUCAAGCUACGAAAGCGAGUUAUUUGAAUAUGCUCUUCCUGAUAAUUAAGCAUGCUGUUACGGUUGCUAGGGUUCAUCUGUUUUUCUUAUAGUUUCAAUUUGAAUUUCAUAGAAAUAUGCUGUUAGACGGGAAAACGGUCAUUGUUGUCAGUAAUAGUAUGUCGUGGUAUUGAUUUAGUAUUGCAUUUUA